GCUCCAUCUGACCACCAGCUAUCUGCAUGCAAUAUCACACCCAGAAUGUCUUCAACCCCCGAAUAUCAGCCUUUUCUCAAAUACUCGGACGACCCGAGGACCGAAGAGCCAACAUCACCAAGCCGGCCAUCAACCCGUCGGAACACGCUUUUUUCUCAUAUCCUUGUACUCAUAGGCACAUCGCUAGUAUGGAUACUUGUCUUCUUUCUGUUCUUUCCGACACCAGCUGCGACGACUGCGUCCCAAGACGCUGCACUUUCCCAGUCAUCAGCUUCAUAUGGGGCUGGCCAGCGACACAACAUAACCACUGGUAGAAAAAGAAUCUCUUGCGGCAACACGACAAAAGAGGCAAGGGCCAAAGGCUGCAGAUACGAUGUCCUAUUGAAUCACUGGGUCCCGGCUCAGUGCUUUGACAAGGACUCGGUCGACGAAUAUCAAGAAGAUGCUAGCUGGGGUGCGUUUGCGGAUAAAAACAUGACGCAGCAGUUGACAAUUGAUGAGAUGUCAGAAAGAGACUUUUACUGGACUUCAAUCCGGGACCAUAUCAACCACUGCGCUAUCAUGUGGCGACGCCAAUUCUACGCUCUUUACGACGAGCGGGCUGCAAUUGACACCAUCGUCACCAGCCCUGGGCACACUGAGCACUGCUCACAGUAUCUCAUGGACGCCGUGGAUUCGAAAUGGAAGGAACCAACGAAGACAAUGAGAGGGUUCGCGGGGUGCUGGGUACGCGAAACAUAGUGCUUAAUGCGACAUACCAACCAAAUACCAAAAGCUUCAAGUACACUAGGGUCACCGUGUGGGUGUAAAGGUUGAACAAUGGCAGGGAAUAAUUAUGCUAUGUUAUAUUCGUCUGAUUUCAUCGGUUUAGCAAAUCCACAACAUGCAUUGGGGAUUGGCCUCAGUGUCUCUCGAAGAGCCCCCG